CGCAGGGUCAAGGAGGUUUUAAGGGAGAUACGAGAUAAGGGAGAUACAGCGAAUACCAGACUGAGACCGCCUGGUUUUGGAAUAAUAAUUUUAAAAACGCUACCCUCCUUUUGCACACUGUGAUGCUAGGAGAGAGAAUCUCAGAAUGGCUGACUAUGUGAAGCUGGAUGAGGAGAAGUUUAUCCCAAAGUCAGACAUCUUGUCUAUGCUCAGGACCUACAACUGUUACCAUGAGGGGAAGAGCUUCCAACUCAGACACAGAGAGGAGGAGCAAGCACUGGUCGUCGAGGGGUUGUUGAAUAUCUACUGGGGUCUGCGGCGACCAAUCAGACUGCAGAUGCACGACGACAACGAGAGACUCCACUAUGGAGGAGUCAACAGGAAUGAGAGAACCCAGGUUCUUCAAAAGCAGACAGAAUCUAACAACAACAUACUCGACAGAACUACUGACCCUGCCUUGACCAGUGGUCUGGAGGAGGAUGAUGAGGAGGUCCCCCAGCUGCUGCGAACCAGGAGUGAUGCCUCCUUCAUGGGGGUCACCAGAAGGUCAAAGACACACGCACACUCCGACCUGCAGCACUUACGCUCACACAGAUUCUCCAUCAAUGGACACUUCUAUAACCACAAGACAUCAGUAUUUACUCCAGCGUUCGGGUCAGUCACUAACGUCCGAGUCAACAGCUCCAUGACAACACUACAGGUCCUCAACCUGCUGCUACAAAAGUUCAGAGUGGAGAAUAAAUCAGAUGAGUUUGUUCUCUACAUGGUCCAUGAGUCUGGUGAAAGAACCCCAUUGAAGGACAGUGCGUAUCCUCUGGUGUACCGUGUGCUUCAUGGACCCUGUGAGAAGAUCUCCAAAAUCUUUAUUAUGGAGACGGAUCUUGGGGAGGAGGUCACACAUGACGUGGCUCAGUACAUUAAUUUUGAGAUGCCAGUCCUGGAUAGCUUUGUAGAGAAACUGAAAGAGGAAGAGGAGAGAGAGAUUUCGAAACUGACAAGAAAGUACAGCGCACUGAAGUCCAUGAUUCUACAGCAGCUGGAGGGCAUCACUGACACUACUGUCUGAGUGUGUGUGUAUGUGUGUGUGUGUGUGUGUGUGUGUGUGUGUGUGUGUGUGUGUGUGUGUGUGUGUGUGUGUGUGUGUGUGUGUGUGUGUGUGCGUGCGUGCGUGUGCGUGCGUGUUCAAAGGACCAUUACACUGUUACAGUGAGAGGAAGUCAAGCAGAUUGUUUGAGCACUGAGACCUUUCUUCAUGUACAACUACAGUUGAACCAUAGCAUGUAUAGCUUUUUCUAGUAAUGAAAACUACAGACAUGUUGAAAGCUUUCUACCGUAGUGAAUGUAAUGUAAACAGCAAUAAGAAUGCAAUACUGCCACAUCUUGCAUCAAUGUUUGUCACUUCGCAAAUUAACUGUAUUCAUAGAAUUUGUAACUUUUUUGCUACUGUAUUGUCUGAUUGAAUACUUUCCAUUAAUCUUGUUGUUUACUAUCAUUGGUAAAAUACUGAUUCCUGUGUGUCUUAAAUGUCAAGGUCUUCUAAAACUGAGCUUUCCUGGAAAGGCAACAUUUCUGUCAAGGCCAAAUUUCUAAUUUAGCCACUGUAACAGAUUAUAAGAGAGCUACAGGGCUUGCAGGCUUUUUUCCCCAGCUCUGCACGUCUAACACACAUCUCCAGCACCAGAGUUGGAAACCCUGACCUAAACUUGUGUUCACAUAACUAUGCUACAGGUUUCUGCAGGGUUAGCAGACCUGUAAGGCCCACACAGAUUACCACACAGAUAAAACACACA